AGGACCUGAUCCCACUUCGAGCGAGCGUCACUGACGUCCUCCGUGAAAAACAAGGACAAGUCGACCACUUGUCAGGGAUGAGAUGCUGUAGCCGGACACUGUUUGGUGGAAGUACUCGAUAAUCUGAGGAGGAUGGCCCGCCGGGGACUUCUACCUGCGAUAUGCGCCGCUUAUUUAUUAGGCAUGGUGCUGAGCCAGACCACACUCACCCCUGCUGUGAUUAGCACAACUCUCACUGAGAAUGUGACCAGUCUGACUCUAACUCCCGUGAUCCUUAGCAGCACAACCUCGGGCUGCUUUGCAUUCAACACUUCCACUUGUGAGGCCUGUGCACCGGGAUCGCGGUACGACAACAACACUCUGAUGUGUAUAUGCUGUGCUCAACCUGGGCUAUGUCUGUUUCCUGGAGCUUGCUUGCCAUGUACAACAGGUUUCUAUCAGCCACUUGCAGGACAGCUGCAGUGUCUGCCUUGCAGCCGGGGCUUUUACACAAAUUUCACUGGAAGUCCUUUGUGCCACGCCUGUCCUCCUGGAUCCUUCAACAAUAACACUGGGGGAGAAAGUUGCACGAGUUGUUCUCCAGGCUUCUAUUCAUCGCUGCAGAGCUCCACUUCAUGUACGCCCUGUGAGCUGGGAACGUUCUGCAACACCUCUGGUUGUCAUGCAUGUGAGGCGUGCCCUGGAGGAACAGAAGCACUACAAACCGCCACUCAAGUCUGCACACCAUGUCGGCCAGGCAUGUACAAGGCACCCAAUCAGAAAAUUUGUCAAAUCUGCGGCAGCGGCUUCUUCCAAAUCCAUUGGGGCAAGGAGAGCUGCGAUGUGUGUCCGGAGAAUCACUACUGCCCCAGUCCAGAUGUGAGCCCCAUUAGGUGUCCGAAUGAUGCUUUCUGUCCAGCGGGAAGCCUUGCUCCAGGAUACUGCAUGGAAACUUUCUUCCGUAAAGUGGGGGACACGUGUGAACUGGCUCCUGUCACCAUUGCUCUGUUAGUUAUAAGUGGAGGAGUGGCCCUACUCUUUAUCAUUUUAAUGGUACUCCGUCGACGGAAAGACACUGACAGAGAGCUGAAUGUAGCUCGAGCUCCAUUACUACGCAAAGAGCGACCUCAGGGUCGAUACUACGGGAUCCCCUGUGAUGCAGAGCCUGUGUAUGCUGGCUGGUGAACCAAAGGACAUUUAUUGAGCUUUCUUAAACCUAUGAAAAUACUACUGAAAUUUCCAAAUGGAUUUUAACUAAAGAACUUAUAGAAGAAGACUUUUUAUUUGGUACAUUUGAAAAUAUUAUUGAAAGAUGGACGUUUACUGCUUUUUGACUUGUUGUAGUCUGACACUGGAACAGAUGUUCCACUCAGAGAUGAACACUCUCCUUUAGUAAAGUAGGUUAUUGGAUUAAGAGAGGUAUGUAUGCUGGGAUGUGUGCUGAGACUGGGUGGGAACUUCUCUCUUAUGAAAAGCACUUUUUUAAAACAGAAGUAAUUGAUUUACUUUGCACUCAUGUCUCUGUAGACCCGUGGGUGCUUCAAUUAACUCCUGAGACUCCACAGGACAAAGAGGUGUGAAGUAUGGGUGAUAUCUUGUGUUUAUUUAAUAUGUUUGAUUACAGUGCUGUGUCGUCUGUAGUCACAUAGGUACAUGUGCUUUAAUGUUUUUCAUCUGCUUUUUUAAAAAAUUAUAUUUGUAUGUUUUAAAGGAAAAGAAAUAAAAA